CUGCCUUCCACCCAACAAUGGCAGCAAAAUCGCUCAACGAGUUCGACAGAGACGAUGUGGCCAAGCACAACAAGCCAGGCGAUCUGUGGGUCAUCGUCGACGCCAAGGUCUAUGACCUCUCGCGCUUCGCCGCCAUGCACCCCGGAGGCCUCGCCGUGCUGCUCGACGGCGACGUCGCAGGCCAAGACGCGACGGAGACUUUCUACGGCCUCCACAGACACGAGGUUCUCGAACGCCCCCAGUACGCGCGUCUCCAGGUCGGCAUCCUGCGUGGCGAGAAGAGCGUGAUUCUCGGACGCAUCCCAGGAGCGCUUAGCACAGUGCCCUACGCCGAGCCCACAUGGUUGUCCGACGGGUUCUCGAGCCCCUUCUACACCGAGAAUCACCGCAAGUUCCAGCAGGAAGUGCGCAAGUUCGUCGACGAGGUCAUCUAUCCUGACGCGCAGGCGCGAGAAGAGGAUGGGAAGCGAGCGAGCCAAGAGGUCUUCGACAAAAUGGCCGCCCUGAACUUACAUGCCAUGCGAAUGGGGCCUGGAAAACAUCUGAAGGGCCUCACGCUCAUGAACGGCCUCGUCUCCCCCGAGGAGUUCAAUUAUUUCCACGAGCUCAUCAUUACGCAAGAGAUUGUGCGCUGCGGAGCGAGAGGCUACGGAGACGGUCUCCUAGGAGGCAAAGUGAUCGGACUCCCUCCAGUGCUGAACUUCGGCUCUCCGGAACUCAAAGCCAAGAUCGUGCCGGAAGUGCUCUCUGGGAAGAAAUUCAUAUGCCUCGCGAUCUCAGAGGCUCAGGCUGGCAGUGACGUGAUGGGCUUGCAGACGACGGCAGUCAAGAGCGAGGACGGGAAGGAAUGGAUCGUCAAUGGUACCAAGAAGUGGAUCACAAACGGACACUUCUCAGACUACUUCACAACAGGCUGCAAAACUGAGGAUGGGUUCACCGUGAUACUCAUCCCACGCAGUGAGGGCCUAUCGACGAAGCCCAUCAAGACGUCUUAUUCGUCCACGGCGGGCACUGCCUACAUCACUUUCGACAACGUCCGCGUACCCGUUGAGAACACACUAGGUCCUGAAGGCGGAGGCAUCUUCGUCAUCCUUAGUAACUUCAACCAUGAGCGAUGGGUCAUGUGCGGGGCCUCCGCACGCAGUCAGCGGUCCAUCGUCGAGGAGUGUCUCAAGUGGAUCCAGCAGCGCAAAGCCUUCGGGAAGCCGCUCAGCUCGCAAGCCGUCAUCCGAAGCAAAAUUGCACAGAUGAUCGCCCGCACGGAGAGCGUGCAGAACUGGCUCGAGAACAUCACCCACCAGAUGUGCAACAUGUCGUAUAAGGAGCAGUCGACGAAGCUCGCGGGCCAGAUUGCGUUCCUGAAAAUGUACAGCACGCGCUGCGCCCAGGAGACCGCGCAGGACGCCGUGCAGAUCUUCGGCGGACGCGGGAUCACGAAGACCGGCAUGGGCCGCUUCAUCGAGCACUACCACCGCACGGUCCCGUUCGACGCCCUGCUCGGCGGAGCCGAGGACGUCUUGGGAGACUUGGGCGUUCGGCAGGCGAUCAGAGCGAUGCCGAAGAACGCGAGGUUGUGAUUCGGCCUCGCGUGUAGGAGUAUGGCUCUGUUUCCGUGUUUUUUUUUUUACUUUGUCUCACUAGAUGUAAUCGUUGUGUACAAUCGGACCUGAUCGAGAUGAUCGCAGCGGCGGCGCGUACACCGCGUAUUGGGCGAUUUGAUG